AUGACUCUUAUUCUACCAGUAAAACAUAUAAAACAACAAUCUAAUUGGGAUUGUGGCGUAACAUGUUUAAGAAUGUUGAUCGAUUAUUAUCAUCUCGAUUCAUCAUUAUUUGAUCGUUUAUUAGAUUCUUAUGAAUGUAAUCAAAGUACAUGGACCAUUGAUUUAUUACAUCUUCUUCAUCAAUCUGGUAUUGAUGCAAUUCUGCACACAAUAACAAUCGGUUGUUCAUCAUCCUAUAACAAUGUGCCGUAUUAUGAAAGUGCAAUUCAGAAAGAUCGAGAGCGAGUUGAUAAACUAUUUCUUAGUGAGACAUCGAACAUUAAAAUAGGUCCAAUAGAAUGGUCGGAUUUGAAAAAUCAUUUAAUCGAACAGCGAAUACCUUGUCUAGUUUUAGUUGAUGCCGGUAAACUUCAAUGUUGUACAUGUAAAAAGACAACACUAACUCGAAUAUUUGAUAGGUUAAUUUCAACCAUAUCAACAAGUUAUCAAGGUCACUAUAUACUUGUUAUCGGUUAUGUAGCAAGCGACAAUAAAGAAUUUGUUCGCUAUGUUGAUCCCGAUCAAACCGAUGGAUUUUGUACAACGACAAGAGAAAAUUUUGAUCUCGCACGAAAAGCAUUUGGAACAGAUGAAGAUAUUAUCCUGUGCUAUAAAAGGGAUAGGAAUUAA